UCCGCUCCCUGGACGCGCUGCACGCCGAGCUGACGCGCGCGCUCACCGAUAACCUGCACCUGCCCCAGGGCGUCCGCAACAUCUACACGGCGGACGGCAGCAAGCGCGUGACGAGCCUGGACGAGCUGCUGGAAGCAGAGUAGCACAAAAUGACCCCACAUACACCCUGUGGCCGGGGCGGGGGUUGCCAGUCGUUUUCAAUCCCUGCUUUGCACUUUGUCUUCUUUAUUGUCACACUUGAAACCCGAUUCCUUCACGAACCACAACUACCUGCUUUUUCACUGAAAAGACCGACCUGAACCAAUUCCACCUUUUAUAGGGGUGGCAUAUAAUUCCCUUUCCUUAUAUAUUCAGGUCACAGCUGUGUGAAGUGACAUAGAAAUAAAAAAUAAAAAGUUGAAUCAAUUCCUUUUUUUAAUCUGCCUUUAUGAACAAAAGGGCAGUAAUUUAUGUACAUGUAAAUAUAAUGGGCUAAGUAAUAAGAAUUAUGUAUAGAAUAUAUUUUAAGUAAUAUAUUCAGAAUAAAUGGAGGCUGGAAAUUUUUAUUUCUAGUGUGUUCCAGAUGUUUGGUACAAACAAACAGCUGCUUCACAGGUUUUUCGAAUCGUUUUUGAAGUUAGAUAUGCAAUAUUGUAAAAGACUUCUGUAGGAAUAGAUAACCUUUAGACUGAAAUUUGCAACAUAUAUUUGGAGCCAUCCACAGAGCACGUAUCCAAAGUGAUUGAUUUUGACAUUAAGUGCCUUGAAUAGCAUUUAGAUCAAUACCAGGGAAUACAUUUACGUAGCAGUAGGAUUCUCCUACAAGAAAAGGAAACCAAUCCAUACAGAAACCACAGCUGUUGUACAAAUAUACAAUCAGUUCAACCUUUUAUUGGAAUAUAAAUAUAUUUAAUCUUUUAUAUUUUAUUCCCAAGCCUGGUCCAGUCCAUUAAAGAAAUGUUUAAUGCGUGAACUUCAUUGAAAAAACGUCUCCUUUCAUUUGAGCUCCAUUCAGAUUUCAUUGAAUCUUCAUUCUUUCAUUUUUGAGUUGACUUUCAUUUGACAUUCAUUCGAUUUUUAUUAACCAUUUAUUCGAUUUUCAUUCUACCUUUAUUUGACUUUUAUUUAAAUGAGUUUGACUUUAAUUCGGCAUUCAUUUAAUGUCCAUUAAAGGUUCUAUUCAGCAUUUAUUACAUUUCAUACAUUUACAUGAGUCCAUUUUAUUGGAUAAUCAGCACAUGUUCAUUUGACCUUCCUGAGUUCCUUUUGACUUUUUUAAGUUAUUCUGUGACUUAAUUAUCAUUUGACUUUGGUUCAGUUUUCAUUUGACUUUUAUUUUAUUCAUGUUCCAUUUAUCAAUUGACUGACUUUCAUUUGGCUUUCAUUUGAUCUCCAUGACUUUCAUUAGACUUUUUUUGGUUAUUACCUGGACUCCUAUUUGACUUCUAUUCAACUUUUGUAUAACCUUCAAAUAACCUUUUUUUUUUUUUUUACUUUUCAUCAGAUGUUCAUUUGACUGUUAUUAAUAGUCCAUUAAAAAGACUUUCAUUCUAUUUUCACUUUGACCUUCCAUUUGACUUGAAUAUUCAGUGGACUUCUAUUUAAUAAAAUUACUUAUUACAAUUUUUGUUUUGUUUUUUGAUGUGUGUUUAAGAGUGUGUGAAAAGCUUUUUGGAAAGUUAAUUUAACAGUGUUAUAUAAUAUACAUUUUUUAAAUGUUCUCGCCCGCAGGUGAGAGCUACGUCUGUGCAUCGAACGAGCCCUACAGGAAAGUAGACUACACUAAGAACGUGAAUCCUAACUGGGGCUCUCGGCUGGCUGGAACAGGAUCAGUAGCUGGGGUGGUCCGUCAGGGUACAAGCGGGGGCCAGCGGGGCCCCGGGGAAGGUAAAGAAAGUAAAGACUUUAUCAAACCUAAGCUGGUGACGGUGAUCCGGAGCGGUGUGAAGCCACGCAAGGCGGUUCGAGUGCUGUUGAACAAAAAGACAGCUCACUCUUUCGAGCAGGUGCUGGCUGACAUCACAGAGGCCAUUAAGCUCGACUCUGGAGCCGUGAAGAAGCUGUACACGCUAGAUGGCAAGCAGCUGACGAACCUGCAGGACUUUUUCGGUGAUGAUGACGUGUUUAUUGCAUGUGGUCUUGAGAAGUUCCGCUAUGCCCAGGACGAUGCUGCAAUCGGACACGCGGGGAAAGCAUCGGCCACCGCAUUUGUUAACGAGUGUAAGAUGAAAUCAUCAAAGUCAUCAGCUCCUAUUAAGUACGCUGUCCCGAGAAGCUCCGGCAUUUUCAGGUCCAAGUCACCCCUGUUAGCCAAUGAAGUGCCGAGAAGUGAGAGCCCGACUGCGAGGUCAUCGAAGUCGCCAACGAGCCCAGCAAGUCCAUGCAGUCAGAAAAUCUCUUCCCGUCAUGUAUCUCCCUCCCCUCCCCCCUCCGGAGAACUAAAUGGAGAAGAAGACUUGAGCCUAGAAGUAAAUGGAAAUAAACCGCAGUCGUCCAUCAUCACUGAAAAAUACGACGUGGGGAAAGUCAUCGGAGACGGAAACUUUGCAGUGGUCAAAGAGUGUGUGGAGCGGGCCACUGGGCAGGAGUAUGCACUGAAGAUCAUAGACAAGGGAAAAUGCAGUGGGAAGGAGCAUCUGAUAGCCAACGAAGUGGCGAUAUUGCGCCGGGUUCGGCACCCCAGCAUCAUCCUGUUAAUUGAGGAGGUGGACACGCCCACAGAGCUCUAUCUGGUCAUGGAGCUUGUUAAGGGAGGAGAUUUGUUCGAUGCCAUCACCUCGUCCACAAAGUAUACAGAGAGAGAUGCCAGUGCCAUGGUGUACAACCUGACCGGGGCUCUCAAAUAUCUGCACCGCAUGAGCAUAGUGCACAGAGACAUUAAACCAGAGAAUCUACUGGUAUGUGAAUAUCCUGAUGGUACCAAGUCUCUGAAAUUGGGGGAUUUCGGUCUGGCCACUGUAGUGGAAGGACCACUCUAUACUGUGUGUGGAACACCCACUUACGUCGCACCUGAGAUUAUUGCAGAAACAGGGUAUGGUUUAAAGGUGGAUAUCUGGGCAGCUGGUGUGAUCAUGUACAUCCUCCUGUGUGGUUUUCCUCCAUUCCGGAGUGAGAGGAACCAGCAGGAGGAGCUGUUUGAGCAGAUCUUACGGGGACGACUGGAGUUUCCUGCCCCUUACUGGGACAACAUCAGUGUCAGCGCCAAGGAUCUGAUUGGCAAGAUGCUUCAAGUGAACGUGAGUGCACGCUACACAGCAGAGGAGGUUUUGUCUCACCCAUGGGUCCUGGAUGAUGCCAUGCUGGAGAACAAUGUGCCAUCAGAUGCGCUCAAAACCGAACCUACAUCUGAAAGCGCUGAGACGCAUUUGGAUGAGCUGCAGAGUAAUGAGCAAAGCCCAAGGUAGACAACAAGAGGACCAGCAGAAGACAAGACCCGCUCACUCAACAAAACACAAAAAGGAAUACUUUACCCGGAAAUGCUAACUUGGCCUACAGAUGCUAAUUAGCGUCAACAAUAAUGCUGUCUCUAUAGUCGCGCGCUAGUUUCUAUUUUGUAGCUAAGGGCCGUAUUCAGAGUUGAGCAAAUCUAAUGUGUGGUAUCAUCAUACAAAAACUGUGUCCUCAGACCUCAGAUUUACCCACAUUUACACAUUGUUGCAUUGAAUCUUCGCCUCCAAGUGUCUCAAUAAUGAAUAGCAAAUGCAAAAACCCAAUUUCUAUUUCCCGUUUUUCAGGAGCUCCUAUUUAAACCAUAGAUGUCAAACUCAAGACCCGCAGACCAAAUCUGGCCCACCUGUGCAUUUUACCUCACCCACAAGAGCUUCAAAUGCACAUGAUUGUCUCAAAUAAGGUCUAUGCUAAUUUUUAAUGCAGAUGACUCAUAAACUACGUCUCCCACGACUCACUUUGACUUCAUGGCCCCACGAAGUGACGUCCUUCAGCGAACAGACAUUAGAAAUAUCAACAAUCAAUCCCAAUAUGUCCAAGAAGAGAAGUUGACACAGAAGGAAGACUUAAUGCAGUUUUAGUGGUGAAGGAGUACAAUAUACGUCUGCAUUUUCACACCAAACAUGAAGUAAACAAGUAUGCUAAAUAUACCCUUCAAAAAAAAACAAAAUUGUUUAAAAAUUAAAAGGCAGACUGCAAUUCACAGCAGGAAAUGUUUUCUAAAGCUACAGCUAAAAACAUUCAAUCUGAAACAAUUUAGUCUACAACUUUGGCCCUUAUGAGUUUGGCACCCCUGGUUUAAACCAACACUGGUCUUGAUGUUCAAAAUCCCUGUUUUGGACAAAAUAUGUCAGAAUCAACAUUUUAAUCAUUCAAAUAGCUUGUUCUUAACCAGGUGUAUAACCCGACUCUGAAUACAUGGAAUCUUUCCCUUUUUUGGGACUCUGAAUACGGCCCAAUGUGAGCGUUUUUGGGUGAAAUAAGACUUUCAAAGCUGGAUGCUCAACUCAAUCCAAAUCCACUGAGCUGUGAUGAAUUACACCAGACCAGCAAGAUCGCUCUCCCGCGUUCUACUUUCUCACGUUCUCCUGACCCUGUCUUAUUUGAUUCCGUCAAGUCCUUCCCUCAGCUGAACAAACGUUUCGUUUCCUGCUAUGGACUUUUUUUUUUCUUUUCUUUUUAAGAGGGCUGAACCAAAUUGCACAACAAUAUGAAGAAGACCAACACCUGUAUUUCUCAAAUCUCCUGGCCUGCGAUCAGGGCUCCUGGUGCGUGAUAUCUCACAGAUUCUCCAAACAAACCAGCAACCUCAUUUAUACUCCGCUGUGCCAUUCUUAGCCUAUCGUUUUUUUUGUUUUUUUUUCUGUAUAUACAGUCUCUCGAUGUGAAAAAAACAUUGAUCCAGAGUCAGUAGAUUGAUCCAUUUUAGUAUACAUAGAACUAGGGCUGGGCAAUUUGAUAUAAUAUUGAUUUCGUCAUCAAUUCUAUCCUGUUCCGCCUUUCUGAGAUAGGCAUUAUGCUUUUUUUUUUUUUA